AUGUGGUCUUUAAUUUAUGUUUUAGUAUUAUUUAUUAAAUAUCAAAGAGUCGAAUCAUUGUCAUGUUAUCAAUGUUCAAUGAAAUAUUCUAAUUCAGAUUGUAAUUUAAAUAAUUCAACAUAUUUUACUGAAUGUCAACCUACUUAUGAUACUUGUUUAACAAUUGUACUUAAACCAAGUAAUCUUGAUGAAAUAAUUAUUACGAAAUAUUGUACAAAACGUAAAGCAUGUGAACUUCAACAAAAUUAUACACAUUCUUUAACACCUUGUGAACCAUAUAAUGAUGGUCGAAGUUGGGGUUGCAAUGCGUCAAUGUGGGAAAAAAUUUAUGAAGAAUUUCCCCAGACAAAACAAGACGCACCUUUUGCUAAUAAUCAAAAUAAUGAUUUAGUUGAUGAAAAUCUUAUCAGCGAUGAUAAUGAAAAUUAUGAGAGUGAUUUAGAUACAUCACCACCUAUUACAACAACUCAAAACGAUAAUAAACAAACAAAACCAUGGGAACAUCCAACAAAACAAGAGAAAAUUAUAAUUAUCAUUAAUGAUCAACAAAAUUUUGAUGAUAUUUAUAAAAAUUUAAAACAACAUUUCUUAACACAAGGUCUAAAAUGGACAAAUGAAGAAGAAAAAUCUUGUUCAUGGCAUUUUGGAUUGACAUCAAUACAUUUACAUUUUAUUGAGCCCCAAUUUAUUAAUAUUCAAUGGUUAUGUUCAUCAGCAUCAAUUCCUUUCUGGAUUACAUUUAAUAAAGAAAAAAAACAAUAUAUUAAGAAGAAUUGCAUGACAACAAAACCCAUUCGACACAAAUUUACAAAAGAUUUUAUUACUUCACUUCGUUAUGGUGCAUUAACUGAUAUAACUAAAUUUCAUUAUUCACCAAAACAUUCAUGGACAAAUCAACAAGAUCUAAGAAAUAAUGAAGAUCGUUUGUGGUUUCUAUCUUUAGAUGAUCAACGUAAUGGUGGUGGAUAUAUUGAAUGGAUAAUAGAAAAUUCUGAGAAAAAAGAAAAAAAACAAUUAUUAGUCACUAAUAUCAAUCAUUCCAUUAUUGUCGAUUCAGAUGAAGAUGGUUUUGAUAUUUAUAUUUUUCAACAUUGUAAUAUGAAUGAAUUUGAUACAAGUACAAAUCAUAAGUCACAUCAGGAUGAAUCUUCUCGACCAAGGAGUUCAUCAAGACAGUCUGGAAGACAAUCUUCAUCACAUCGAUCAAAUUCUAGACCUCGAGCACCUCCACCGUUGCAACAAACAACUAGUGCUCCUCGACAAUCACGAAGAAAAUCUUAUGACAAAUAUCGUCGAAUUGGUUUUCGUUCAGGUUGUUAUUUUUCUACUAUUCAAUUUAGUUUACGUAUCAAUCGAUCUCGAUUGACACAAAGCAGUGCUCGAUCUAUUGAAGUGACGAUUAAACAAACACUUUCAUUACUCAUCGAGUUUUUUAUUGCACACAAUCUCACUGUUUGUUUUGGAAAAAUAGAUUCAAUGGAGGGUCCAAACCCUUAUCUAUUUUUCAAACCAAAUAUACCUAAUUUUCCUUCACAUAUUAUGAAAUAUUCAUGGCAAAUUCUUUCAACUGUUGGAUAUCGUUUACAACUUCAAAUAGAUGACGAAUUCUUACAGAAAUUAUUUCAAUUAAGUAGAACAGAAGAAAAUCCUGACGAAUUAUUUUAUCGUGUAUGUGUAUAUCUUUCACGAAUCUUCUCACUUAAACCAUUUGUUAAUAUUAUCAAUGAAUUAGAACAUGCUGUUGAUCAAUCAAAAAGGAAAAGAGAUGCGUCUGCAUAUGGUUUAAUAAGAAAAAUAGAUGUUAAUGAUGAAAAUGAAGCAUAUAUUCCAUCGGUUACAUUAACACCAACAACAAUUCGAAUAAAACCAUUGAAAUUAUGUCGAACAAAUCGAGUUCUUCGUGCAAAUAUAGAGUUUGGUGAACCACUUUAUCAUUUUAUUCUGGUUGAUAUUCGUGAUGAAAAUGGUCGAAAUUUACAAUCAUUUCACUUUGGUGAUUUACGUGAAUUUUUACUUAACUAUUUAGUCGAAGGUUUUAUAAUAAUGGAUGAUCAUAGACAAUAUCAAUAUUUACAUCAUUCACAAUCACAACUACGACAAAGACAAUUUUGGUUUUAUCAUCAUAAUAUAGAUGGUAUUAAUUUAAGUUUCGCUGAAGCAUAUAAAUGGAUGGGUAAUUUUGAUGACGAAAAAAAUCCAGCAAAAUAUGCGGCUCGUAUGGCUUUAUGUUUUUCAACUACUAAAGCAACUGUUGAUGUACCUGCAGAAAAUGUUGUUUUACGAGCAGAAGAUAUUGAAGUUAAUAAUAAUGGUAAAGUAUUAUCAUUCACAGAUGGUUGUGGUAAAAUGUCAAAAAAAUUACGAAAUCAAAUCAAAGACGCCUUAGGUAUGCGAAAUGACUUUAGUGCUGUUCAAUUCCGUUAUGCUGGUACUAAAGGUGUUGUUAGUCUUGAUACAACGUUACCAGAUAACAUCGAUUUAUAUAUUCGAAAAAGUAUGACAAAAUUUCAAAGUGAUCAUCAAUGUUUUGAAGUAUGCAAAUUAUCAGCACCACGACCAUUAUAUCUUAAUCGACAAGCUAUUCUUCUUUUAUCUUAUCGACAAAUACCCGAUACUAUAUUCCUUAUACUUCAACAACAAAAUCAUCUUGAUCUUAUUCGUGCUCUUCUUAGAAAUUCUGAUGCAGAAAAACUUAUUCUUGAAAAAAUACCAUCAUGGUUUUUACCUAGAGAUAUACAUAUUGCAAACAUUGAUUUCGUUCGUGAACCGUUCUUUCGACAAUUACUUAUUAGUGCAUGUUUACAAUCAACACGAGAUUUGCUUCAACGAACACGAAUUCGUAUUCCACGAGAUCAAGGACGAAAUAUGAUGGGAAUUGUUGAUGAAUAUAAUGUUCUUAAACCAAAUGAAGUCUUUGUUCAAUAUACUCUUAUGGAUAAAGAUCAAAAUAAUCACCAUAUGAACAGAAAUAAAAAUCAAACUGAAAUUUUAAAUAAUCGUCAAGUUGUUAUUACAAAAAAUCCAUGUCAUCAUCCAGGUGAUAUACGAACAUUUACUGCUGUUGAUUAUCCAGAAUUAAAACAUUUAAAAGAUGUUAUUGUCUUUUCACAGCAAGGUGAUCGUCCAGCUCCACAUGAUAUAAGUGGAUCAGAUUUAGAUGGUGAUGAAUAUUUAGUUAUUUGGCAUGAAGAUCUUGUUCCAAAUCGAACUAAUAAUGCACAACCAUAUGAUUAUGAUUCAAAGAUACCUAAUCGAGACUGUAAAAAAUUAGUAAAAAGAAAAAAUAUCAAUAAUACUAUACUUGAAAUAGCUGAACAAGAUUGUUUAGGAAGACUUUCAAAUUUACAUUUAGCAUUUGCUGAUAAAUUUGGUGUUGAUUGUGACAAAGAACCAGCAAAUGGUGUUUUAUCAACAAUUGAAUUAGCUGGUAAAAUUAGUCAAGAAGUUGAUAGUGGUAAAACUGGUUAUCAUCCAUUGAAAGAAGAUGCUAUCAGAAAAUUAAAUCUUGCUUUAAACAAUAAACGACCUGAUUAUAUGAAUAAUGCUAAUUUUGAUCCAUACACAUCCAAACAUAUUCUUGGAAAACUAUAUCGUUCUUCGAAGAAAACAUUACCUGAAUGGAAUCGACUUGUACGGUAUCAUCGUCACUUACGUCAUUUACAAGUCCGAACAGAAGAUGAACCUGAGGAAGAAGAACUAGAAGAGAAUGAUGAAAAGAACGAUAUCAAUCUAGAUUCAACUCUUUUGAAUGGUGUCGAUCAGAAUCAUCCAGCGUAUCAAGAUUGUGCUCGGUUUGCUGAUAAAUUAGUUUCAGUUUAUCGACAAGAGAUCUUUGAAAUUGUUAGUCUUUAUGGUUUAUCACAUGAAAGUGAUUUAUGGUGUCGCAAUUCGAUUAAUGGCAUAACUGGUGAACUUGAAGAUACUGCUUAUACAGAACUUGAACAACUUGUUACACGAACAAGAGAUCGUUUCUUUUUAGAACAAACUACUUAUUGUGAAGGAGACAACUGUCAUGUUGACACACAGAUGUCGAAGUUAUGUGGUACAUGUAGAAAUCGGCAACAAGCUUUUGCUGUUGCUUGUUAUUGUAAUUGUUAUAAUCGAGAACAUGCACUACACGAAGCACCAAUUUUAAGUUUACCAUGGUUGUUUGCUACACCUCUUUUACAUGGUCGAAUAAAUCAAGGAGCACCACCAACACAAGGUUUACUUGGUAUCGCAAUGCAAAAGGCACUACAAAGAUUCUUCGAUAACGGUCGACUAACAUUAGAUGAUGUGGUCUUAAAAUUUAAAACAUCGAAAAAAGCGUGUGCUGGUGAAGCAACGGUCGAUACAAGUGUUUGCAUAUUUAUCGAGAUAGUUCAGUAUUAUUUAGGGCGAAAAGGAUAUCGAUACUGGCCAUGGGUACUUAGUCGUUUCAUACGAAAUACACGAUCAUUUACAAAAUUAACACAAGGAUCCGAAGCUACAGAUGAAUGGGAAUUAGUGUUAAGACCACAUAAAAUACAUGAAUAUGAUGAAUUUGCUGCUAUACUCGCGUCAAUGCCAUGGGAGGAGAAUGAAGAUAUGUUAAUGCACGAUUAUUUCAAUGAUAUUCUUAGUAUUUGUUUUGAAGAAGGACGUCAAAGAAAUGAUAUUGAAUUCCUAAAUAUAAGUGAAGAUAUUAUACUAUUAUUACAAAAAUUAACAAUUGAAGAAACAAUUCUUUAA